AUGACUAGACCGCCAUUGUGGACACAUACUCAGACUAUUUUAAUUGUGUUAAUAAUCUACUCUGGCACGUUUACUAAUUGUUGGCUGCUUUUAUUAGCAACAGUUUACUAAAUGCAUAACGGUUUAUCUAAAGCAAAUCAUUAUGAAAGUAAAAGUGAACAAAUUUCACGUCUAAAAUUUGAGAAAUGUAAACAUCCUGAAAUCUGUUUUAAAUUAUGACUUUAUAAUUGUCCAUUAGCGCAUGUUUGCGGAUCACCAACGUAUGAUCUGUGCAAAGGUCAACAUACAGAUUGCAACGCCGUGUCUUACAGAGCUGAAGAUCCGACCAAAGGUUCCAACUGCCGUACAGCCUGCGCUAAGAAACGAGGUUUGCGCUUUGUAUUCGCAUUUACUGUGCAUUCGCAUUGAUUCCGCCUGCAAAAAUAUGCUUAGGUUCUUUGCUGGACCCUGUUCAACAUCUCAUGUGUUGUAAUAAUCAAAUAUUUUAUUCUUCUUAUCAGGAGAACUGGAUGAUAAGAUAACAGCAUAUUUCUGCGAAGACGAAAAGAAACCGUGCGUUGCAUAUGAUGUUUAUGGAAGAAAGGGCUAUGCAGAUAACUUCAAAAGACACGUAAUGUGUGUCAAAUUGUGUCAUUUUGUUGGAGCAGGUAAAUUGCUUGACAAUUCUCCAAUAAUUAUUCUGAACUGUUCCUGUUAACACCCAUCAUAUUUUGCAAGCAUGCAGGACACGUUUAUCAUUUUAGCUAUUAUAUUUUCUUACUUCACUCGUUGUUUUUUAGCGCAACAUAGUUCCGUCAAGUAACUUGAAAUGUGUCCGAAUACCAUGGGACCUUGCACUGAUAUAGGGAGAAAAGAUGGAAGUUUUGACACCUUCAGCAAGUGUGCUUUUGUGUGUGAUGGCUGGACGAAACGUAAGUUGUAGGCAUCAUAGUUCUCUAAAUUGUUGUAGUGUUAUGGUGCUUGUUGUUGCUGUCAUUUCGGUUAAAUUGUUAUUAUUUGCUAAAGUGGAAAACACGGUGGAGGCCACAGCGAUUUUCUGCACCGAAGCUGGCGUCUGUGAGGAAGGCAGAUACUUCAGCCCUCCGAAAGAAGGAAGUCCAUUUGAGGAUUUAAAGACCUGCUUCAAAAAGUGCAUGUCAGGUAAGAUGUGAUAUUCAUUUCCUAAAAACGCAAAAUAGAAUAUGCCUAACCGCGAAAAAGUGUCACUUGCCGGUAUACAUACUUUGGAAAUGUUGGUCUUAGCAAAGCACAAUGCCUGUUUACCGCUCGUAAACUCCGCUAUAUGUACUGUAUAUAUUCAGUGGAUUACUAGCAUACGUAACAAAAAUUGUUUCCGUAAAAACGCAUCAAAUUUUUGACAUCAACAACGGUGUGAUGAAAGACCCCACUUAACUGUCGUUAGACUGUGGAUCUUGUUAUAAGUGGAUAGUGGUAAUGCGAGCUUUACGGGUGCCAGUCAUUAAGCUCACAAAAUGAAAACAAACACCCAAAUCAUUUGGAUGCCUGUCGAAGGUCGUAUCUUAAGCUUACGUAUGGCAAUGAAAAUUAGCGUGGUAACUAGAAAAAUAAAAAUAAAGCACAUUUUCAAUAAUGCGUGAGGUGAAGAAAAGCAAUUUUUUUGGCAUUGUAAUAUCUGCAUUGGACUGCAAACAAAUGUCAAGAUAAAACUUUCAUGUAUAAUGAUCCACGGUCUAGCAAGAGCCAGGUGUGGUCCCUUAACCUACCGUGGUCCGCAUUUCCAUCCUGUAGGGUAAGGAGUCUCUGAAAGUUUAUGGACAAUUCAUAUGUGGUUUGUCAUGCUCUUUUGGGUUGUGGGAAGUUAUGGGUGUCUGUGUCCGAUUCACAGAGUGUCGCGAUGCCCCAAAAUGUGGCAGCUGAUUUCUGAGCGACCUGCAACUUUCAUAUUCAGAGUUCACUUCAUAAAGUGGGAAAUUAGCAUUUUAUAUGUAGGUCUGUUAUUCUGGUAACUCAAGUUAAUAUUUACCUUUUAGCUUAGGCAUUUGUGUCAACAUUUGGUUAUGGGUGGAUACGCUCCCUUGUGCUUCAAUACUGGUGUUUUUUUAGCUGGUUUCGGUUUUGGAAUUCAAUGCAUUCUGUGUUUGUUUUAAAAAUAUGUCAGACCAAAAUACCCCGGGAUGUUUUAGUUUCGGUGUGGGAUAUGAGUCUCACACAACACAGAGCUGAGCGUAGUGUCUAGCCUAAAAACCUGACUAACCUUAAGCGAUGUGUAAUCAAUUUUUUGUUAAAACCGACGAGGUGACUAAUUAAACUCUGAGCGGGAGGGUUCACCAACGCGUUUAACCAAUGAAUAUUACAUGUGCUAGCCUAACUAUAAGAAACAAUAUGGACAUAUAACAGAAGUGUCGAACAAUUAAAGCCGUCUAUUAUCUGUCCGCCAUAGACGAAGGAGCGGACAGAACUAUAUAGGAAUGUUAUUCGGACAGGACAUUUAUUUUGAACACCACAUCUUUCAAGUGACGUUAGGCUGCCGCAGUCGAUAGUAAAUAUUUAUCUUUUUUCAUGACUCUCUCAAGCUGGCCUACAGCAUUUUCAGACCGCACUUGAUAUUCUGAGAAAUACGCUGGACGUUCCAGCAAAAACCAUGGAACAUUUUAUCACCUUCAGUUCCACUUCGCCAUAAGCAGCAGACGAAUAGGGAAAUAAACCCGUGGCGUUGAAGAAUGGUGAAUUUUUAGUGUGCAUAGUGCAUGCUAAGAUGCAGUUGAAUCUUCAUUCAAAUUACAGCUUGGACGACACAAAAAACCAUAGGAGACGGUGCCAUCUUUAUAUAGAAUCACUUCUGCUCGAGUAGCAUUGUUAAACAUGAGGGGGUUUGAAAACCUGGACAGUACUAAAUACAAACAUUACAGUAGUAAUGGAAAAGAUCCGGCAUAAUCUCUCAUGUAUGAAUAUUGCCUUAAAUUUAAAAAAUGCGAAUUUGGCGAUACGUGCAUAGACUGCUAAAUAACGUACGUGUUGUCUGAAAAGGGAUUUUGCCUGCGGCCACUAAUUUUGCGAUAUGUUUCACCGCAAUAAGAGUGCUCUCUUAUUAUGAAGCAGCCACAACCAAAGACCAAAAUGAAACGUAUAAUCAGGAUGGCGUGUGUGGGAGCUGGACUGAUUCAAUGUCAUGACGAACUGCGUAAACGUCAGUGCGGCAAAUGACCGGGACAGCCAUUAAACAACAACAGUCCCCUCAAAUGUGGCACAGAAUAUCGGCGGUUAAAACGAUUAUAGGGAAUUGCGUUGAAACAGAACAAUUGCAUGCUCACCGUAACGAGUCAGCCUGACAUCAGGUGCAGUUCACAGUUGCUGAAAAAUUACAUGAUUUGUCAUGUCACAAUCUGUCAUAAGUCUGCGUUAAUCGGAUUAUAAAAGAAUUACGGGAAGCAAUAAUGGCCACAGAAUCCUCACUGGACAUUAUUAACCAUAUUUUGCAUAGUAAAUACGGAGCAAAUUACCCUUAUCCACAUGCACAUCAAUUCAAUUUAAUCCUAAUUUAAAAAUUCAAAUAUAUUUUUAUAGAAAACGCGAACAAAAACAUACCUAUUUCUACUUGUUUGAUAAAUGACCGCAUUGGUUUGGACUUUCACCCUAUAAAAGAGUAUAUUUGGGUUUUGAAAAAAAUUCUCGAUUCCUGAAUGUUUUCGAUCCACAUGAGCCGUUACAUUAAGCUUGAUCAAUUUCAGGUUACAAAAUGCAUUCACUUUGCGUGGAACAAAUCAUAUAUUCCUCUAUGCAUUUAAAAAGAUACCAUAAAACGUUCAUAAAACUUUACAGUUGAUGCGACUAUGUUAAAAAUCUCUAGAUGAUCAAGCGUAAGCAUACAGGUACGAUGCUGCAUGAAUAAAUAUCGCACGGUCUUAAAAAUUUCAGAAUAAUCAACUUUUUAAAACCUGAAUAUUUGCUUUCUUCGAGCAUAAAAUGCAAAUACAACGUGCCUUUCUACCAAACGAGUAGAAUUAACUAUAUUUCGUGCAUGUUGUCUAUAAAAUAUAAUUGACUUCAUAAGACCAUCAAAAAUGUAGGUGAAAAACGCAGGCUACUUAGGUAAGCAUUCUUAACGACUUGUGGAUUCUGUAGGAGGUCAGAACGAAGUACAUUCAAAAGCCGACAUCCCGAUGAGUUGAAAAUACUGUAGGAUUAUGCAGCACGGCUAUCAGUUUCACAACCACACCUGAGUAAUCCCCCCUAAUGGAAAAUGCAUUUCAGAAAUUCGGUCAACCGUUCAUGACAUCAGACAUUCACUAUACCGCUCAGGGCAUGUUUAAUUGGUAAACCUAAGCGAGAUUUCCAUCAAGAAUAGAGCGCCCUUUCCUAUCCAAAGCUGGUUUUACUGUUUUACUAUAGCGCAUGUACCAAUUCACUGCUUUUUUAAAGAUUAUCCUUAUUUCCUGUAAACUGGUUUUAUUUCGUACGGCCAUCCUACUCUGGAGGUGUCAUUGAGCAGCCACCUCCAUUUACAUGAUCUAACGCAUGGCUCCCACUCAAACCUUAUGCCUUGCAUUCAUCUGCUUUCCUUGCAUUGACGUCGUUGGUUUUAUGUUUGUCGGUCAUAAGUCGCCCGUUAGCCGGAUCAGAUAGCUCUCCGGGGCCGAACGAUACCCUGGGAGACUAUGGGCAACCUAUAUACGAAAUUAAAUGAGGAACGUUUUUUGCACCUAUUGAUUUAUCGCAGGUUUAACUACAAUUAUCGGCUGAAGAGGAGCACAUAAUAUAUGCGUCUCAACGAUGGAGUAAAAGCAGCCCCAAUCGUGGUCUAGCGCUUAUUGUCACAAUGCCUACAAAUGUUCCUGAGACCUACGGAAACGUAGAUGACAUUUUGGCCGAGUGUGCUUCUACAACGGCUUAAAGUUGUCACAAAACUUUCAUCGAUUGUUGCGUAGGGAAUAAACAUCGAGCGGCUAAUUGUCUUACAUGGUAAUCAGUGACAUAAUACUGUGCUCACACCUUUUCGUGCCAUGUCGCAUGUGAGCUGUUGGCAUUAAACACGAUUUAUGUUGAACGAGGCAUGAUAUUCACCGGAUUUGUCCCCAUUUGAGAUUUUGUCGGUUUAACUAAUUUGCGGAACUACAAAUAUAUAUAUCGGUGUAAUUAAUUUAAAACUCGCACUUUUUAAUAGAUUCCACAGUUUACAGUCACAAUGAAAAAGAUCAGCUUGAAGAGGCGCAAAAUAUGAUUGGUCAGCAGACUGUCAGUAAGCGAUCGACAUUAUAAGGAUAAGGAUAGGACAUGACUUGUUUGGCAGAACGCGCAACAGCGGAGAUGAGAGUGGAGAUGGUUUAUAACGAUGUCCAUAGACUUGAAGUACGAGAUGGAAGGAAAAUUGAAAAGCCGAAUACAUUUCAACCCCGCCAGGCAUGGAGUCAUCGCAAAUGACUCGGUAGCACUCGGCUGACUACUUGAUACAGUUCACAGGGGCCACAAAACAACCCAGCCUCCGAAGAAGAACAUCGUGUGCCCGAAGAUCAAGACCAAAUAUUCAAAAGCUGUAGGUUAUUUGGAGAAGCAGAAAGAGCGUGGCGUCACCGGCUAAGUCGAAAUGAAGAGAUGAACACGCUCGAAAGUGCACGCAAAGCCGGCCAGAAAAAAAACGGGCGAAGUCAUUCAUUCAAUCAACGCGUAUGGCAUUAUCGAGCACGAGCAAAAUCUUUGAUCACACGUGCGGCCCAAUCAAUGGCCAGUCGUACAUUCAGAGUUAUUCUUCACUGGAAUUCUCGCACACGAUACUACAUAUCUAUGAAUACCAUGCUACAACUUUAAAUGAUCCAGAACGCCGAAUACCCAACAUAGAUAACGCGAUAUGAAAUGCGGGUUAGGAUAGCGUGUUUCGCAAAUUUCGAAAACAAAACCGAACACCGCGAAGUCGUUUAUAUUUUACUUUCGCAAACACAUCGGGAAAAAAUAGAAAGGAGAGAACAUUCGGCUGGAUAGAAAGUACAAUUACACAUUGUUUGCCUUCGUGUGGAGGGAGAAUAAAUGCCUUUAUUGCAGACGGACAGGAAGAGCAUUGGUUUUCCUUUUUUGUAAGACGGUCGUGCGGCUCAAUUAGUUAUAGAGGAGGUACGGCAUCCCUGUGCACUGUUUAGGUUUGACUGCCAAAAGUUGAGUUCGAGGUCGACAAUAAUUGCACAAAGUCGCAGCAAUUUAAGAAUAUAGGACGUACGGAGGGACAGUGCAGUUUAAACCACUCAAGUACACGCAUGUAUUGAGUUAAGUUGUAUAAAACCUUUGCAUCGCGGUGAUAAGAAAACUGAUAAUUUCGCCCUAUGUUGCAAGCUGUAUGUAACGCGUUCUAGAGCUCAGCGGUCCAUAUAAACAUUUUCUAUGUGCUACAUUUAUUGAACAUUCAUAAAGACGAAAGCAGUUCCAUCAAAGACAGGCCUAUCGUUUGAUAGACAAUUAAACCUGGCAAGGGCUGAAAUCAGUUACCUAGCGAUUGGGAGGCCACCAGAGUUCUGACAAGAGCUUGUCAAUAAACGUAAGAAGCAAACCGCACUCCUUCUUUUACAUUUAGCGGACAUAUCUUCAUAAAACCAAGUACAGUUGUGUCAUGGCAUUGGUGAAGGCUCAUUAUUUUAGCAGAACUUCGGUGUGAAAGCAACUGGUUGCGGAAUAUUUAGCCUGAUUUGAAGGGUGCAUGGGCGUUAAAUGCCGAAUAGGCGCAUUAACCUUUCCACAUUGAUCUCUACACCAUUUGGUGGUUACGUUUUUAUCCAGUUCUGCACUUGGGUCGGUUGCUUUGAGGUUGAUUCUGCAGAAAAUAUUUGGAUGUAGGUGUUACAAUUAUGCAUACACUACCACACCGUCGCUCUCUCUUACCGUUAUCUUUUGGUGCAAGUAGGUGUCAUUUUGGAAAGGGUACUGUGAGCUGACGCAAUUCGCACAGUUAGCAGACCCUGAUAAAUUAAAUCGACUAAAAAUCUAACUUUCGUUAUGUAAAGCGCGGACCUAAUAAUCAACUCCACCGCCAUAUUUACUCAACCGAAAAUGUUCGGGAACACAGCCAUUCGAAAUCACGAUAAUCUAUCUUCGCCUUUGAAGAUCAGGAUGACAUUUAUAUACCCAUGCGUGAACGGGUUUCAUUUAAUGUGUUCCAGAAUGAAAACCAAAAUUAAAGAACGAAGUACCACAACGGCACAUCCACACUAAGAGCUAUUGCACAGGAUGAAAAGUGUUUCCUAAAGCUUCCCUGUUACGCGCAUCACAGGGUUAUUGGUCAAAUGCUCUGUAUAGAAGUAGCCAUGAAAAUGACAAUAAUUGUCCUUUAUCUGCGAAUGUCUCUGAUGAUAGAUUCAAGCGAGAAUCCGAAACGUCAGGUCAAUAAAUUUCUUGUUCCAGCGAUCGCAUCUUCGUCUUCUGAAAUGCAUUUGUCAAGGAAAUGGAAAAACCUACUAUCGCAUCUGUCGACAUGGCCUUAAUGCAUUUCGAUUAUAUAACAUACAUUUUUACAUACGGCACUUCAAGUGACUUUCCUCUCACUUUUUAGGUUUGCGUAUUAACUUUCGAAUUCGAGAAGAAUUUACGUGAUGCGAUUCCUAUACUGUCAAAAAUGUAUAAGAACAAUACACAUGGAAUCGCAACACACUGAGCAAACCGUUUGUAUUUGCAGCACUGAACGCUCAGCAAUUGUGCGCGUUCGACGCGUUUGUUUCCUUCCAAUUUCCUUUUCAGCACAUGCCCAGCAGCAAAUUGAAAAUACAGUGGUAUAAUUUUGUUUCCGUUAAAAAGAAGGAGGACUUGGAUGCCCAUUUCUGGCUUUUUAGCUGUCGUCAGCCAGGCAUUGUCAACCCCAAAGUGUGCAAACCUGUGGCUGGAUUUCUCUAAGCACUGAGCCACGGGCCCGUUUUCCUGUCGGUUUUGAGCAGGAAUAUACAAUGGUAGAGAGGCGCUCAUUGAUAGUUUCUACGGAUCUCAUUCAUCCCGUCGUGCCUUACGGGCUCUCCCUCUCACUUUCGAGCCAUCAUGGCCGCAAUAGCUACACAAUAGCCCGCCCUAUGUCACGUAGUCUUAUGCGGAUUUCAGCUGGCCGAUUUGUGGUUUAGAGAUUGUCGCUUCGAAAUGCUUAACUGCAAAAUGAAAAACGGCGAUACAUUUCUUGAUACAUGUCUAAAUUUGCACAACAAAAUAUCAGAUUAUUGUUGCAUAUGAAACCAAGUAAAGGUCGUAUAAUAGGGAAGACUGGUAGCGAACGGAUUUCCGGUAAAAAGCAGCCAAAUGGACCAAUAAGAUAUGUUGUGUCAGAUUGUGAUAAAUAUUGAGUUUUAGGAGGUGAUCACUAGAGAGAAUGAUGACAAUACAGUUUGCCAUAUGUCAUUUUUAUUUAACCAAAUCGAAUUUGUGCCAUCAAUACUUCUGUGAGUAUGGCACAGGGUGUAAAAAUAAUAGAUAUUUUUAAUCUCACAAUACAGGACAGCUGAACUGCUAACUUUUCGCACCCACAAGCAUAAACUAUGUUAAGCAUGUAGAAAAAAAAUCGCGGUGAAUAAAUAUGAAAACAUGCGGUGGUUAGGACUACGGAAUUCAAAGUAACUGUUUAAGUGGUCAAGCGCCUGAGUAUUAUAAAGUCUGUGAUUGGGUGUGGCUGUCUGCUGACGGUUUAUAAGCUGGGCAUGGACAUUCCUGUGUUCUAGAAAUGGUACUUAAUAUUAUUGUGAUUGCAUUUUUUUCCAUCUAGUGCAUCUGUUUGGCUGGCUAUAUCCCCGCAUUGGAAGGUGUACAAGAUGACAGAUAAUAGUUUGAAGAAAACGACUCUGCUGAUUCCGUCUGUGAAUAAAAGUUGGGAAGAUGAUACUUGGAAAACCCUCUUCAAAUGAACAAUUUUUUUCUCCCCGGAUCCGUCUAGCUUCAUUUAAUACUUGUAGUGCUCUGUAAUUCAUUUGAAAGUUGUUUUGCCUUCUAAAAUAUGUGCCUGCUAAAGGCAGAGAGUGUUAUUUUAAUAAGCUACACCCACAUUUCGCAGUGAUGUGCUUCGAGAACGAUACCAAGUGAGGAUUUUUGCGUGAGGAGGCUGCAGAAUUUUAUUACAAAUAUACUCAGACAAAUUACAUUCUCAAGGUACUCAUUUGUGUAGUAAUUUCACCUUGAAGACCAUUUUCAUAAAUUAGGAUUAACAUCUUUCACACGACAGCAUGCCAAGCCUUGUCGGUUAACACUUUAACGACUCGGAUGCAUGUCCUAAAUCCACCUGUUGUUCGCAGUCAUCCCUGUGUUUCUGACACGUGUGUGGUGUUUUUAGUUUGUGAAGUUGGAAGACCAGUGACUGUAACCGUUGCUGGACCGCCUUGGCGAUGAACCCCAAAAUCGGCGAGCCCAUUGGUGUGCCCUUCACCUGUUCGUAGAUUGUCCCGUCAAGCGUGAAGAUCGCCCAAGUCCUUCAGCUCCUGAAGUUCUGUCUCAGGACGUACUUCACGUUCGACGGGACAAUCUACGAACAGGUGAAGGGCACACCAAUGGGUUCGCCGAUUUCGGGGUUCAUCGCCGAGGCGGUCCUGCAACGGUUAGAGUCGCUGGUCUUCCAACACCACAAACCGAAGUUCUGGGCCCGGUAUGUGGAUGAUACCUUCGUCGUUAUGGAACGGGAUCAACUGCUGACAUUCAAGGAAAGUCUGAAUGCGGUCUUCCCGGAUAUAUAA